GUGAGCGCUCUGCUCCGCAAGGCAACCGUGGCCAUCACAGUGGCGACAACAUGAAAGAAUCGCCACCCAAGAAAGGCUGCACUGGCCUGGAGAAGGGCUUGAUUCUGCUGUUCCUGGCGGUCACAGGAGUCUGCAUUGGCCUGGUGGUGGUCUACUUCCAGGAGGUGAACAGCACUGAUGAGAAUGGAGGUGUGGUUGAUGUAGUCAAUUCAGGAUGCGGCGGCCCUCAGCAACUGAUGAUGUCGUCGGGUGAGUUCACCAGUGGGAAUUUCCCCGGUAACUACGACAGCGGCAAGAGCUGUAGCUGGCACAUUACCGUGGAAGCUAAUAAGGUGAUCCAUUUGUGGUUCCAAGAGUUCUCCCUGGAGGACACGGAUACAUGCUGGGCAGAUUUUGUCACCUUAAAGGACGACCUGGGAAUCAUCGGAAAGUACUGCGGCCACUCCAAGCCCAAACCCAUAGUGACUCUGGGCAACAGUCUGUGGGUGUACUUGGACACGAAUGAAGUCAAUCCAGACAAAGGAUUCAGAGCCAUGUACAAGACAGUAGCUCCAGAGGCUGUGACAGAAAUAGUGGGAGCUGGUGGCCUUCUCCAAGGUGACCAAGGGGAGCUGUCUAGCCCUGGGUUCCCUGCUCAGCAGUAUGAGAGUGGAGCUCUCUACCAGUGGAAGAUCAAGGUGCAAGAGGGAGAGAGGGUGAGACUGACCUUCACCUCCUUCCAACUGGUUGUAGAGUCCUGCCUGGACUAUGUAGAUGUUUAUGAUGGAUACCUGCCCAGCGCAGACAGACUGGCCCGCUUCUGUGGUGCCUCAAAUCCCACGCCGGUGGUCUCCAGCAGCGACACGAUGGUGGUUCGCUUCAAGACCGACGCCAGCCAGUCAGCAGGAGGUUUCCAGGCUGUGUACACGCUAGCAAGUGACCCACCCAUAGGGCCCAAUCCCUUAGAGUCUGGCUGUGGGGACGUGGGCACCCUGAGUGGUCGUAAAGGGGUAAUCCAAUCCAAGGGUUUCCCGGAGCCCUACCCAGCAGGCCUGAGCUGCAGGUGGAACAUCACGGUGGCAGACGACCUGAUGGUCAAGCUCCACAUAACUGACCUGGCCAUCACUGGGGAGGCAGGACAGUGCAAAGAGGACAGACUUCUCAUCACAGAUGCUCAGCAGUCAUUCGGUCCUCACUGUGGCUUCAUCACGCCUGCAGUGGUUGUGAGUGUGGGGAACACGAUGUCAGUGACCUUCCAGUCGGACUCAUUCUUGGCUGACCGCGGCUUCUCCGCUAGGUGGGAGGCAGUGUACCCCCAUGACAUUGGAGAGGCCCCGGGCUGUGGCAGUGCCUACCAUGCGGAGACAGGCGUGAUCAAGUCUCAGAACUGGCCCAUGAACUACGCGCCCAACAAAGAGUGCAUGUGGAGAGUGAAGGUGCCCACGGGCAAGCGCAUCACGCUGCGCUUCACAGACUUCGGCCUGGAGCCCGCCAUGCUUGGGAAGUGCUACGACAACUUGGUCGUCUACGACGGCUCUGGACCUAAGGCCAAAAAAUAUGGACCCUUCUGUGGCUCCACACUCCCCAAAGAGAUCAAAACCACAGGGAACACAGUGGUCGUGCGCCUCCAUGCGGACUUCUUCACUGAGGCGAAGGGCUUCAGAGCCUAUUGGACCACAGACACCAACCUGCCUGCACCGACAGAACCUCCAGUACAGCCAAACCCGUGGGACGGAAUCCCAAUAGGCUGGCCUGAGACGUGUGGCAAACCCCAGAACCCCCCCCUGGUCCACACCCGCAUUGUUAACGGAGAGCCAGCCAAACCCCACUCCUGGCCAUGGCAGGUGUCCCUGCAGGUUUGGCCGGACAAAGAGCCUGAGCCCAAGUUCUUCCACACCUGCGGAGGAACUCUGAUCCACAAGAACUGGGUCAUGACUGCAGCGCACUGCUUCAUCAGGUAUGCUGACGAGCUUCAGCGCUGGCGCAUAUGCAUGGGCAAACACAACCUCACGUACACUGAACCAGGCGAGCUGUGUCUGGGGGUGCGGGGCAUCUACCGGCACGAAAGCUUCAAGUACCCCGAUGUGCCCACCGUGGAGUUUGACGUGGCCCUGAUGCGGCUGGAUGGUGAAGUCACUCCGUCUGCCCAAAUCGACUUUGCCUGCUUGCCCUCCGUUGAGGAGCAGCUGCCUGGGGACAAGAAGUGCUACGCCAGUGGCUGGGGCGACGAGAAGGGCAACCCAGCGACAGCCAAGCCAUCAGAGGCCCUCAACCAGGUGGCAUUACCGGUGGUGCCCUACGAGACCUGCAAGGGCAUGGACUACUGGUGGUUCCAGGUCAAACCCUCCAUGAUCUGCUGUGGCUACACCAAACCUGACGAGCUCAAGUCUGUGUGCCAGGGAGACUCCGGUGGACCCCUGGUUUGCCAGGACAACGCCACAACCCCCUGGGAAGUUCACGGCAUCACCAGCUUUGGUCCCAUUGGCUGCAUUAUGGACAAGAAGCCAAGUGUGUUCACCCGCACCUCAGCCUAUAUCCCCUGGAUGGAGAACGCUAUCCGCAGGAACAUCUAUGAGCUGAACACUUCUGGCUGUGGUGGGGCCAAGUACCUGAACAGCACCAGGGGCACUAUGGCGACCAUGAAUCAUCCUGAUAACUAUGACAACGGUGCCCAGUGCCAGUGGCAUAUCCGUGCUCCUGCUGGCAAACUUAUUCACCUGCGCUUCGCCAACUUCUCCCUGGAGGAGAGCCUAAUGUGCAUGAACGACAAAGUCACCCUCACUGACCAGCUGGGCUCACUGGGUACCCGCUGUGGCAUUGGAGCUGUUCCUCAGGCUCUAGUGACUCUGGGAGAGACUCUGAAUGUUACCUUCUCCUCAAAUAACAGGAUCGUGGAUACAGGCUUCAUGGCCCACUACCAAGUGGUUGAUCCCAGCGAAGGGGAGGCUCUGGUUGGAUGUGGAGGUCAUUUCAAUACUGAACAAGGGGAGCUGAAGUCUCCCAACUGGCCCAGUGACUACCCCAACCAAGCCGUGUGUACCUGGUGGGUCUCCGUCCCCUCAGCCAAGGCCAUCCAUAUCACCUUCACCCACUUUGAUGUGCAGGCUGCUAAUAGGUUGGGACAGUGUGUGGACUAUGUGGAGAUCUUCAGCUCAGAUAUGAAAUCCUUAGGUAAACACUGUGGCUUUGUACCACCACCCACGACGACGGUUCCUGGAGACACAGCUAUAGUUCGUUUCUUCACUAAUAGCGAGACCCAGGAGAAGGGUUUCCGUGGAUACUGGACCACCAAUCAGUCAGUCUUCCCCACCUUGCCUCCUCCUCCACCUAACCCGUGGGACAACAUCAACAUUAUGUGGCCUGAGAACUGUGGCAUGCCCGAGGUGUCCCCUAACACGUCUGUGACCAGAGUGGUGAAUGGGAUUGAGGCCAUACCCCACUCCUGGCCUUGGCAAGUGUCGAUGCAGGCCACUCCGUUCGCGCCGAUUCCACACAUGCAUGUGUGUGGAGGCUCACUCAUCCAUGAGGAGUGGGUUCUCACCGCUGCCCACUGCAUUAUGGCGCCCUUCAACAGGCCAGGCAUGUGGAGGAUGUGCCUGGGCAAGCACCACAUGAACUCCAGCUGGGACGGCUCCACGGAGCAGUGUGUGCCCGUGGACACCCUGGUCUCCCACGAGGCUUUCGUCUACCCUGAGGACAACACAGAUAUCACCAACGACAUUGCCCUGGUGCAUCUGGCCAAGCCCGUUAAAAUGACAGCACAGGUCCGCCCUGUGUGUAUGCCCACGCCCGAUUUCGUGCUGCCCGCCGGCGAGACAUGCUUCGUCACUGGCUGGGGUGACGAGAAAGGUAGUGUAAUCCCGAAGGUGGCUGAGAAGCUGAAUCAGGCCCCCCUGCCCGUGGUGCCCUACUCCACCUGCAGCAAACCCCAGUACUGGUGGGACAGCCUUCGGCCCUCUAUGGUCUGUGCAGGCUACGAGCUGCCAGAUGAACUCAAGUCAGCAUGCCAGGGUGACUCUGGUGGCCCGUUCGUGUGUCGGCCGGGGGGUACCAAAGCCUGGGAAGUCCAUGGCAUAGUGAGUUUCGGCCCAUUCGGAUGCAUCCAGGACAAGAAGCCAUCAGUGUUUACCCGCACAUCUGCCUUCUCACACUGGGUCGAGGACAACAUGAAGAGAGUUAUCUACGAGAGCACCAGCAAGCCCAGUAGAGAGUGACAUUCAAAUGGUUUAUAUACCCAGCUUAUAGAAAGACUGAUACAAGGGGGAUGAGAAAGGGGGGGGGGGUAGAUAAGAGGGAAUGAAUACAGAGAGAGAGAGAGAGAGAGAGAGAAAGAGAGAGAUAUUUGGUGUCUGCAGAUACAUUCAACCAGUCACACCUCAUUAAGUUUUACUGCUAUUCCAUCAGUACAUGAGCCUCAGGAAGCCUGGAAGCCUCCACCCAUUUCAGUCUGUUUUUUAUCUCUCAUAUUUAAGGUAUGAUGUACAGUCUCUUCUUGCUGUUUUAAAACUGUCUGUUUGUUUUUGAUUACAAAUGCCUGAGUGUUAAAUGUUAAUAUUGGAAAUGCUACAGUGUCAUAUUAAAAUCUGUUAAUAUUG